GAAGUAAAUUGCUGCUGUACCACUACAGCCACAUUGAGGUCAAAUUUUUCAAAUGCUUAUUUAAAAUGUCUAGUUUUUCGAGAUCAGCCCAGCAAUGGGCGACCUUUGCAAGAUCCUGGUUCCUAAUAGACGCUAGGAUGCAGCCUCCAGGAAAGAUCGCCUCUGUGUGCUCAGUGCGGCUUCAAGGGAAACAUAAACCCAUUUACCAUCCACUGAGUGAUAUUGGAGAUCAUGUGGUGGUCAUGAACACCAGACACAUCGCCUUCUCUGGAAAUAAAUGGGAACAGAAAGUGUAUUCGUCUCACACUGGCUACCCUGGAUCAUUCAAACAGCUCACCGCAGCGCAAAUGCACAAAAAGGACCCAACAGCUAUCAUUAAACUGGCUGUGUACGGGAUGCUUCCAAAAAACCUCACCAGAAGGACCAUGAUGCAACGGCUUCACCUCUUCCCAGAUGAUGUCCUUCCUGACGACAUUCUGAGGAACCUGACAGAGGAGCUUCCUCAACCCAGAGAGAUUCCUCGUAAGCUCAGCGAGUACACGCAGGAGGAGCGGGACGCUUUCCCCAUGCUCUGGACCCCGCCAGAGGACUACAGGAUGAAAUGACCGUCAUACAGCAGUUUUCCAGAUUUUGCAUCUCUGAACAGGAGUUUGGGACUUGGAAAGGUUUCUCUUUUUUUAUAUUGUUAAUGUGAAAUAAAUUAUGUCUCAAAAUAAUAAAAAUAGUCCGUUUGUCAACUUUUGGUUAUGUUUGAUAUUUAAGCACAAACAUAUAAUAUACCUAAUAUGAGAUUAAUUUA